CUAUCCCUCAAAAGAAUGGAAGAAAUUGAAGGCACGUCGAGGCAGGACAAAGCUAAGAUGUACGAAAAAAGAGUCGAAAAUAUUAUGAAUGCAUCUCAAACACAUCUAGUUGUGGCUACUUUAUUAGUUACAGUUACCUUUGCAGCUGGCUUCACAUUGCCAGGAGGUUUUGAUAGUGAUCCUAAUAGCACUAAUAAAGGAACAGCGAUUCUAAUACGAAACACAGCCUUCUGUGCAUUUGUUGUUACGGAUGCCAUUGCCUUUUCAUGCUCCGCGGGGACUAUGUUCAUAUACUAUUUCAUGGCGGACACAAGACGUUCAUCAAAAGAUUAUACAGAAAUGUAUCCACUUUUAUGGAAACUUUAUAACGACGCAAUCUUUCUGCAAGGUAUGGCAAUGUUUGUAGUUGUAAUUGCAUUUGUAUCUGGUAUGUAUGCAACGUUAGCACAUUCAGCAGCUCUUGCCAUUUCUGUCUGUAUCAUCGGCUGCACCUCUUUCCUCAUCUACUUUUGGGUUUAUUUUCGCGGUGUCCAGAAUUUAAUAAGAACAGAACAGAGUGGAGAGACAUGAAUGCAUGCUAGAUAUAUACAACAAACAUAC